AUGUCGGACUCUGCUCAAGUGUUUAUGGACAAUGUCUAUCAUUUAACAGGGUAUUUACACAGACUUCUUUUUCUUAUGAAAGAGCUAGAUAAAAAAGAACAUAAAAUAAAUAUAGGCAUUGAAAAGAAAGAAGAGCUAUAUUUAGAAAGGUUACAUUAUGCUCACAAGAAUAAAUUAGAAAAUCAUAUAAAACAUAAUAAUAAUAAUAAUAAUAAUGAAAAUGAAAAUGAAAAUGAAAAUUCAAAUACAGAUUCUCAUGAUUCAAAUAAUGAAGAUAAUAAUACCCAAAAAAAUGACAUAUCUUUAGAACCUGUGUUGAAAAAGAUGAAAAAAAAAAAAAACGAUCUUUGUUUAAAUGAUAAUGAUUUGAAUAAUGAAGAGGAGGAAAGAAAAAAUUUAGAUAACGAAAAUAAUAUGGAUAGGUCAAAUGGAUUUAUUAAAGAAGAGGAAGCAAAUAAUAUUGAAAAUAUGAAGAGUGAUGAUCAUAUACAAAGUGAUGAAAAAAAAAUAAAAAUAAAAAUAAAACAAGAUUCUAUACAUAUAAAAGAAAAUGGAAAUUGUGAUAAUAAUAAAAAUAAUAGUAAUAACAUUUUUGAUGAUAAUGAUGAAAAAGAGAAUAAAUAUAAAAAAAAAAAUAGUAAUAUUUUAAGUGAUAAUGAAAGUAAAAAUGAAGGGGAGGAAGUAAAAGACCAGAAUAAGAUGAAUCGUCUUUUUAAUAGUAUUAAUGAUAUUGAAGAAAAUAAAGAAAAUUCCCCUUUUUCAUAUUCAAGACAUGAAGAGAAAGGUAUAGAAUUAGAUGAAUUUAAAAAUAAUGAUAUAAAAAAAAAUAUAUUAAAAGAAGAUGAAAAAAAUAUCGAUUUUUUAUUUAAUGAUGAUGAAAUGAAUAAAUAUUUAAAUGAAAUAAUAAAUGAUAGAGAACAAUGUAUGGCUUUAUUGAGAGAAAAAAUAUGUAUUAAUAAUCAGAUUGCAUAUAUGAUAAAAAAUGAUUAUGAAAAAUUAAAAAAACAAUAUGAUAAACUAUAUACAGAAAUGGAAAUGAAUGGAGAAGUAUUACCACAUAUGUUUAACUCCUCAAAAAAUAAAUAUACAUCAACAGAAUAUGAUGAAUAUUAUAAUGUAAAGAAUAAAAAUAUUUAUGCUAUAGAUUAUCAUCAAUAUGAAGAUACCUAUGAUAUGGCAAGUUAUAUGGACAAAGCAAAAGAAGAUGAAGAAGAAGACGAAGAAGAAAAGGAUGAAUAUCAAGAAAAUGACGAUAUUGAAGAAGAAGAAGAUGAUGAUGAAGAGGAGGAAAAGGAAGAAAUAAACAAAAAGAAAAAAAAAAAAAAAAAAAAAAAAGAACAUCAUAUUAAAGAGGAAGAAAAUAAGGAAAAUAAAGAAAAAUAUGGUAAGGAUAAAAUUAUCAAAGAAAAAAAUGUUAAGGAUAAAAAUGUCAAGGAGAAAAUUAUGAAAGGAGAAAAAGAAGGACAAAGCGAUUUACAAGAAUAUGAAACUGAAAGUAGUAAAAAUAAUAUUCCAAGAAAAAGCUUAAGCAAAAAACAUUCCAUUAAAUAUGAUGAUGAAUAUAUUCCAUAUAUUUCAGACAAAGUAAAAAGAUAUAAAAAACAGAAAAAAAACAAAAACCAAAAUAAUGAGUCUUCAAACAAAUCCCACCAAAGUGGAAUGGAGAAAAUGGAAGGAGAGAAAAAAAAUGACCAAACAAAAAAUAUUGGUGAGACAAAAAAUAUUGGUGAGGUAAAAAAUAUUGGUGAGACAAAAAAUAUUGGUGAGAUAAAAAUUACUGAUGAGGUAAAAAUUACCGAUGGGGUAAAAAUUACUGAUGGGGUAAAAAAAAAUAAGGAAAGCAAAGUGUAUAAUAAUACCAUAAAAAAAAAUGAAGAUAGUAAUAAAAGCAAGGAAAUCAAUCAGAAUAGUGAGAAUAUCAAAUGUAAUAAUGAGGUUAAUAAAAAUAAAAGUUCUGAAAAAAUAAAAAGUAAGAGUGUUGAAAUUAAUAAAAAUAUAAUAAAUACAGAAAAAAUAAAAAGUAAGAGUGUUGAAAUUAAUAAAAAUAUAAUAAAUACAGAAAAAAUAAAAAGUAAGAGUGUUGAAAUUAAUAAAAAUGGCAAAACUAUUAACAAAAGUAAAAAUAAUGAUAGUAAAAAUAAAUAUAAAACAAAAAAUAAAAGUAAAAGUGUAAAUAUAAAUAUUGACCAUAAUAAUAAUAAUAAUAAUAAUAAUAAAUAUUUAAUUAAAAAUUGUUCAAACAUACAAACAAAUAAAAAUAACUCAGAAGAAAAUAAAACUACAAACCAUGCAAAUAAUAACGAGAGCUUAUCAUCUCAUAUACCAUCUUUAUUUGAUAAAAAUCAUAAUGAAGAAACAACUGUAGGAAAUUCAACAAAAAAUGAAAAAUAA